GCGGGUCGGUGCCGCGGCGUGGGUCUUCCCGCGGGGAUGGUGGAGGACCCGCGGGGGCGGCUGGUGGCCGAGCUGCUGCUGCGGGCGGGGGCGGCCGGCGCCAUCCUCUGCCUCUGCUCCCGCGCCUUCGUCGAAGAUCGAAAAUUAUAUAAACUGGGAUUAAAAGGAUUUUACAUCAAAGAUGACAAUGGCAGUACAGGGGAGGAACAAGCGUCUGAGGAGGAAAACCAUUGUCCCAAUGUGACAUUAAAGGUGGAUACUGAUCAUGCUCUCGACCUGGAAGAAGUUGAACUAGACUCGGAGGCUGAGCUUAUGAAGAGUAUGGGAUUGCCUCUUCAGUUUGGUGGGAAGUCAGCCCACAGGGACUUUGUGGCAACAGAAAAUUAUAAGAAGAGAAGUAACAUGAAGAUUAUGAAAAAGAAAAAGAAGAAAAAGGAGUUAGAGCAAAAACAUGAGGAUAAAAUGGGGCAGAAAUGCCAGGAUCAGGCUUGUGGUGGUCGUAUGCAGUCCGUUUCUGGUGAGCUGGCCCUAGCUACAGAGCAACGUGAGAAGAGCAGCAAACCUCAGGUUUUAAGGGAAGGGAACUGUGAAAGUUCAGGUAGUCUUACAAAUGAGGCUUUAUCCAGCAAACUUAAAGAAAAAUGGGAGAAGUACUGGAGCGAGUACGGAGAGGGCCUUCUUUGGCAGAGUUGGCUGGAGAAGCAUCAAGGGCUCUUAUCGUCUGAGGCCACCACAGCCUCUGAGCCUUGGAAUAAUGCGGACACCAGGGAAGAGUGGGAGCAGCAUUAUAGCGAACUGUACUGGUAUUACUGGGAACAGUUUCAGUACUGGACAAGUCAAGGAUGGACUACUGAGAGCUCACAUGGUGACAACGUGGAAGCUAAUGGGGUUACCCAGGAGACAGGUCUUUCGGGAAAUAUGGACUUGGUUAGCCCAGGGGCUGAACACAGUGAAGUGCUGAGCUUGGAGCUGUCUCCCUCUAACACCAGAAGUGUGGAAACGCUCCCUUCAAGUGUUGAGCCCCACAGUGAAAUAAUCUCUGGGAUUUGUAAUUUAAAUCUGAAUUCGGAGGAAGUGGAGCAGAGCAGUGCAGCUCUAACAGUGGCCCACCAAGGUCUUCAAGAGCGUAGUUCAUCUGAUGGGGAAAGCCAGAAGGAGCCCUGUGAUGGAGGAACCAGGAAAAGGAGUGCAUCUUGUGAAAAUAAAAGUAUUAACCAGUCAGGUUCACAGGGGUCAUGUAGCUCGAAUUUAAAUGAAAAAGAACAGUUGCUGCUUCAUAACCGAGAUGAAGAUGAGGAUGAAGAGCCUCCUGAAUACAGACAUGCCAAAGUCAAGAGAAGCCAUGAACUGGAUGUGGAUGAGAACCCAGUGGAAGAUCCUGAGGAAACCUGCUCUGUUUUGGGUUUCAAGUGUGGCACAGGACAAAAAUAUGGUGGAAUUCCAGAUUUCACCCACCGAAGUGUGCAGUACUUGGAGAAAAAAGCAAAACUCAAGUCCAAAUUCUUGGAUAUGCGUAAACCAAGGAAGAGCAAAAACACACACAUCUUCUUUACAGAGGAAUCUGAAACAUCUUGCAAGAAAAAUAAAACUUUGAAGAAGGUGGAAGAGUUCCUAAAGCGGGUUAAUACACCUGGGGAGGAAGGCACAUCCCAGCCAGCCUCCCUUCAGGGUAAAGCGGAGGCAUUGCCCGCGAGCAGUGACUCGGAGGAUCAGGAGAGCGUUGCUGCCGUGCAGACUGUGAUGCUGAACGCCGAAAACGAAAAGCCACUGUCUUCCAGAGCAGCCUUCGCAGAACCUGGAGGGAUUGACCGUGAGGAGGGAGCGCAGGACGUGGCAGCAAGCGGCUCCGAUGGCCAGGGUGCGGGGAGGCAGGACCAUGGCUGCGGGCGGCAGCUGAUCUCUCUGGAUAUUCCAGAUUAUCUCCGGGCAGAAGCAGAGGACGUCAGCCAAGCUGUAGAUGAAAAAAUUACCGCAAAGAAGAAGGUGAAAAAAAGGAGGAAAAGGAAUAAAAUUGCGCUGGGAGCUAUACCUGCCGAGAUUGCUGCUGAUCCAGAGCUGGCCAAGUACUGGGCACAACGCUACCGGCUGUUCUCUCGGUUUGACGAGGGAAUUAAACUAGACAGAGAGGGCUGGUUUUCUGUUACGCCUGAGAAAAUAGCUGAGCAUAUUGCCAUCCGCGUUAGUCAGUCAUUCAACUGCGAUAUCAUAGUGGAUGCGUUCUGUGGUGUUGGAGGAAAUGCUAUUCAGUUUGCGUUGACCUCAAAAAGAGUGAUCGCUAUUGAUAUUGAUCCUGAGAAGCUCAGCCUUGCACGCAACAAUGCUGAGGUGUAUGGCGUGGCAGAUCAGAUAGAAUUUGUGUGCGGAGACUUCAUGGUGCUGGCUGCCGACCUGCAAGCAGAUGUUGUGUUCCUCAGCCCGCCCUGGGGGGGGCCCGACUAUGCCACUGCCGAAAUCUUCGAUAUCCAAACUAUGAUUUGCCCAGACGGAUUUGAAAUUUUCAGGCUCUCCAAGAAGAUCACCAACAAUAUUGUGUAUUUUCUACCUCGGAAUGCUGACAUUGACCAGGUGGCUUCCUUAGCAGGGCCAGGAGGAAAAGUUGAAAUAGAACAAAAUUUUCUCAAUAACAAACUGAAGACAAUAACAGCUUAUUUUGGUGAUCUAAUAAGGAAUGACAUCUGAACUCUGUGUGGAUUCUUCCAAACCCAACCUCCCUGACUGCUGCUUUGCUUAAGCUUUUGUACAGCUGGCUGGUCAAAAAUGACUUAAAGCCAUUUUCCGCUUUAAUUUCUGUUCACAGAAAUUUGUUCUGUUUAUUGCUACUGUCAAUAAAUGUUUUAUAAUAAUUUUGACAAAAUUGUAAAUGUAGAGGAGCUGUGAAUGUAGGAAAAAAGUUCUUUAUAAAAUGCAGUCUCGCAAGGUUUAAGUCCAACCUGUUGAAAGGGAGGUCAGGAUUUCUUUGCAACUCUCACAUGUGCUACUUCUGUACGUGCUCCAGUUUUGAGCAUUCAGAGGGUCAAAAAGAAUAGCCUGAAAGCCGUCGUGUGUCAAGAACUGCUGUCUGUGCUUGAGAAACAAAAGCAUCUGAACAUCAGGUGGAACGAGAAGGUCAGGUACACCACCAGAGGUUAACUGCAGUUCACUGGCUCUGUGCUCACUGGGAAACCUUUUCACUUUUUUUUUUGUAGGAUGAAGGUCCACGCAUUUCUUACAGGGAGUACUCUGGCUUGUUGCAGCACAGGGAGAGAGCAGGGCAUGUUUGUGGCUGGCAGCAGGGCUCUACCCCCUGGGUUUUGUUACUUAUUUUUUUCCUCCUUGCUAGCCUCUUUGUAACAAAAAUAUUUUGAAGAAACCUUCUGACUGGAGGUUUGUCUCGGUAACCAGAGGAGUAUGUGUCCCCCCUCUUUUGAGGCCUUUUGGAUCCUUGCACAAGCUUUGGGGAGGGCAGAGGGACCCCAGCUCUCCCUGGUGAGGGCUCUCUGCUCCCACUCGGGGUUUAGGGGGUAAGAGUGGCUUUUGGUACUUCUUUCUCCAAGCAGAAAUGGAGGCAGGUGAGAAGCACCUAGGGUAUGGAUAUGGCACUCUCACUGAAAUGCGCUUACAGUAAGUACCCAAGAUCAAUUUUGAGCCUGUUUUCAAGGUAAGAGUGUAGGAAUAUAGUUUCUAAGACAGUAAAUUAGUGCUGCUUUUCCUCUGCUUGGAGUGCAGCAGGAUGCUGAAGGCAGCAGAGAUUAAGCACUAAACCAUGUAUUAGUGCUGACAGACAAAACUCUAUAGAAUAACGGUAUAGAAUAACCAAAUAAGAGGAUUUUUUUUUUUUUGCCCCCAUAAGGAAUGAAAUCCAACUCUUCAAAUCAGUUAGGAGACCAAAGUGUUUGUGUGUGUAUGGGAUGUUAAAAAACACAUACAGUCUGACUUGGUGCAAGUUCGUAGUGCAGUAAAAUAGCACUUGGGAAAUUAUUUCUUUGUAGCUUUACUGACCAUCCAGUACCAGACGAGUGCUGAACUGUUAAUGACUGUUACAUCCAUGCUUCAUGUAAGGUAUUUUAGAUUACUUUGAAGAUAAUUUGACUGAUUUGCAUCACUGCAUUUUGCCACUGUAUUACAGCAAGAAGUGCUGUGAUAGUGCCGGCCUCUGUGUCAAAAUUUAAAGGGAAUAGUAAAGGAAAGAAAUUAUCUGCUCUUCAAUAUUCCUUAGAAGUUUGCUACUAGGAUGCAGGGGAGGUUGGCAAGAGUGCUAGUAUUACAGGAGGUCCAAACCUAUUGUAGCAGUAGCACGUGUAUGUAAUGAUGCUGUUAAAUUUUCACUACAAGCUACAAAAAAAAUCCAAGAAAGAGUCAUGAGGCCAAAUGAAGAAUAAUUUAUACUGUGUAUGUCACAGUAUUCUGUACACUAAAAUUUUACUAUAUUUGGCUUAUUGUUGCUUACAGAAAUACUGCUGUCGUACUCUUUAGUCCUCUUUUCCUCCCUAAAGUUAAAGAGUAGCUUUAGAAGCAUUUUGAGAUCUUGCUGAUGCUGCUCCUGUAAAAGGAAGCUCUAUGGGGGUAAUACCAGUGAAUUUACUUUUACCUUCAGGAAAGUAGUCAGAUUUUGUUCAGUGUCCAAGCAUGCAAGAUGUGGAAGCUGAAAUAUGACAUAAAAGUUACAACAUUUACUGUUCUAAUGUUUACUUCCAAUAUAAUGAACUUACUGGUAAAAAGAAACAAUUUAUCAAAGGUCUCUGCUGAGUUUUGAAAGCACAUGAAGCACCAAAAGUGGAAAAAUAUCCUUGUUCAUGGCUGUUGCUCUCUGUAACCAACAAGUACAAAAGGUCUUUUUUUAUUUUUAUUUUUUUAAAUACAACUUGAAGUCAGAAUACACACUGCUGGGUUGUGAUAAAUGUUUGCCCUCAGCUUUCCACUCAGACAGAAUAGGUGAGGUUCCCCAGGACUGUGAAUCAGUCAAUCUGUUAAGCCUAAAAUACGUCUACGAGUAUUUUUAUUUCAUUGUUAGUAAUAUCAACCAACAAACACUUCGUGGGGGACAGCUUCAUUCAUGAUGUGAGUUUCUGUAAAAUGUUACUCUGCUUUAUGUUGUAGAAAAAAAGUUAACAUGGUCUGAGACAUAGUUAAAUUUCUGGACAUCUCAUGCCCAGAGUUCUAAUACCCUUUGGGGAUUCGAGUAGUAUUUUGCAUAUGCUAUAUUAGGCUACAAAGAAGUUAUGUUGCUACUGUAAAGUAAAUACUCAUAGAGUUUUGGUCUUUUACCAAUUUUAAGCCACAAAAUAAGCUGUAGGAAAAAAUGCAGAUUUUUUUUUUUUUUUGGAAGUUAACUAGUAUUUGGACUAAAU